AUCAAUUAUCUCCCCUACUGCCCCUAAAACAGACAUACAACACAAUGGAUAUUGUUUCAAAAAACAGAGUCUCUUAGGGUCCACAUAGACGAAUGGUUUACUUUAUGUUUAAUACUGAAACAUAAACACUGUCAUUAUUCAAUUUAUAUAAGUGUGAAUUAAGUCAAUGCAGUGUGCUAAAUCUAGCAUUGUAAAUUAAGUCAAUGCAGUGUGCUAAAUCUAGCAUUGUAAAUUAAGUCAAUGCAGUGUGCUAAAUAGUCAAUAUAGUGUGUUAAAUCUAUCGUGUGAAUUAAGUCAAUAUAGUGUGUUAAAUCUAUCGUUGUUAAUUAAGUCAAUGUAAUGUGCUCAAUAGUCAAUAUAAUGUGUUCAAUCUAUCGUUGUUAAUUAAGUAAAUGCAGUGUGCUAAAUAUAUAGUUCUAAAUUAGUGUGUAGUGUGUAUUAUAUCUAUAGAACUGCUAGGUUUCUAUUGUUUAUUAAUCAAAAUGACUACGGAACUUUACAAAGACAAAGGCUGGGCCUGGAUGGUUUGUUUUGCCACUUUUAUGAUCUACUUGAUCCACCCCAGUUACUUCUACGUAACCUCAGCGUUGUUUCUGGACUUCAUGGACAUUUUCGACACAUCAGCUGCAAUGGUCAACGUCAUUUUGGCGAUGACAAAUGUCGUUUACUGUGUCUCAGCCUUUGUUCUUGUCAAUCUGGUCAUGCCCCAUGUGUCGAUCAAGCAACUGACCACCGUCUGCUCUAUCGUGUAUGCGCUGGCCACUCUGGCAGUGGUUGUCUCCCCUACUCUGCCAGUUUUUUUCACAGUUUGUGUUAUAAAAUAUAUUGCUCAAGGGGGAGUACUCGUGCCUUCCUUGACUAUUGUUGGUAUGUACUUUGAACGCAGGAGAGCUCUAGCCACAUCCUUAUCAUUGCUGGGUAUCAGUGUUGCUGCAUUGAUGGUGCCGCCUGUCAUAACCUACCUCAGGAGAGAAUAUGGCUUCAGGGGCUCGUUUCUACUUCUUUCAGCAUACGAGAUGCAAUCCAUUAUAGCUGGGAUGUUACUCCGGUCAGUACCAAGCGGCUCACACCUAAAAUUAGGUCAAGCUCCUAAUGCAUCAGUUUACAAAGGGCACACUGCUGACGUUGAAGAUGAUACUGCUAGAAUUAAGCUUCUUUCAGAUAGCCAGGAUCAGCAUAAGUUGAAUGUUCCUGGACAAAUUGUGUGUCAAGAUAGAGAAAAUCUACAACUAGUAGAAAAACAACGCUUGGCAUAUGAUUCUCUAGAAACAUUUUCUAAAACUUCAAAGACAUUUUCCAGCACAGAAUCGUCUUUGAAGAAUAACCUGAACUUGGAAGAUGCCGGAGAGAAUUAUAAAUCCAAUCUCAAAAAGCCGAAAGACUCUCCUAGGCUUCUGACAAGGCUGAAAGUAGCUUUAGACUUCUCUCUUCUCAGAGACUAUGUUGCUCUUUUCUAUCUGUUAAGUUUCGGACUCAAUCACUCUGGUGCCUUUAUCGCAACGUACCUGCCGUCCUACGCCAUCAAGUCGGGGCUGUCGCCUCCUGACGCUGCACUGCUCAUGACGAUAGCCGGCUCCUGCGACGCUGCAUCCAGGGUAGCCUACGGGUAUUUGGCAGAUCUGCGCGUCGUACGGCCAAGUCUAAUCCUGGCUUCUGCUUGUCUGGUACUGGGAGUGACAUGCCAGAUGAUCACCUUAUACACAAGCCUCGGGACGUUCGCCAUCUUCGCUGUUGUCUACGGAUGUUGUGGGAUGGCGCACCUUAGUCUGAACACGCCCCUAAUAGUAGAUCUACUGGGCAUCUCCAGACUCGGCAAAGUGUUGGCUUUGGGCGCACUAGCAUCAUCUAGCUUUAUAUCUGCCCAAUUCCCCAUUCACGGUGUCCUGAUUGAAGUCACUGGCAAUUUCACCGCCUCAUUUUAUUGGAUAGGUGGCACUUUUAUUUUAAGUUCUCUGUACCUGUUCGUGGAGCCAUGGGUCAGGAAACUGCAAGACAAGAAAACGUCUUCAAAUUCAUUGGGGAACUAACUAUUAAGUGUAUUAACUAACAUCGUAUCCCUUCAUUCCUGCGAUUACAUCAUUUAGGGUAGAGCCCAAUAAAAUAUUCCAUUAAAUGUGUAGUGUGAAUCGUAUAAAAAAAAAGUUUAUUAAUUUUUACAUAAUGAAUAAAUCAAUAAAGAUUAUUAAUGAAAAAUUACGAGAGAGAGAGAGAGAGAGAGAGAGAGAGAGAGAGAGAGAAAGAGAGGUAGGAAUGGAGAGAGAACGUCAAAGAUAAAAAUGAAUCAAGACAAAAGGAAAUGGAUUGAGACUUAUAUUUAGGUCAAGGGAGAGCAUUGACAAAAAGUGUGCAUAUUCUUCUUUCUUUUAAAGUUUUGUUAUACGUUUGUUUUUGCAAAACAACAUAAUAUAAGACUAACAUAUAGAGAUGUCUGCAAGCGAGACAUGAGAGCCUCAGGCAUCAGCGAAAGUAUGUGGGAAAACAUAGCCAAAGACCGGAGUGUAUGGAGACAGACUGUGCGUGCUGGGACAACCCUUGCUGAGAACAAAAGAAUUGAAGCGGCUUUAAUCAAGAGGUAUAAAAAGAAAGCUGCCCUGUCUGCUAGCCCUGAAUCAGAGGCAUACACAUGUACGAAUUGUGGCAAAGUCUGCCGUUCUAGAAUUGGCUUGAUUAGCCACACCAGAUUCUGCCCCGUCUCAAGAUUAAGCCAAAACCAGUGACUCAUUUGGGCGCAUCCAUUGCCUUUCGAGACAAAAGGAGCCAUAUAUAAUAUAAGAGGCCAACCUUACAGUGAGACGUGUAGAUUUCGUUUUAAUUAAGUACAUU